AUGGGUGUCCACCGGGGAUCAACCAGUUCGAACCAAUCAAACCUCGAGUCGGGCUAUGCCUCGGGAGCAUCGUCAGCUGGGUCUCUUGCUGCCAUCAUCCUCACAAAACAACAUCUCAAAUUCUUGAACCAAACUCUCAAUAACCUGGAACCAAUCGACAUCCUACGAUGGGCCAAGAUCACCUUUCCAAAUCUUUACCAAACAACCGCCUUCGGUGUUACUGGUCUCGUCACACUUGACAUGCUCUCCAAACUUCAGGUCGAAACCCCAUCUGCGCCAUCAAUCGACGCCAUCUUCCUCGACACACUUUACCAUUUCCAAGAAACACUGGAUCUAGUAGAGCAGGCCAAGGCCAGAUACCCCAAUGUCCACCUCCACGUCUACAAACCAGACGGCGUCAGCACUGCGGCCGAGUUCGAAGCACGACAUGGCAAGGAAUUGUGGAAGACCAACGCUGAUCUGUACGACUGGGUAGCAAAGGUCGAGCCAGCACAAAGAGCCUACUCUGACUUGGCUGUCGCUGCUGUCUUGACUGGACGUCGUCGGUCGCAAGGUGCCAAGCGAGAGUCGUUGGACAUCAUUGAAAUUGAUGAGGCUGGUCUGAUCAAGAUCAACCCUCUGGCAGCCUGGAGCUUUAAGCAAGUCGAUCAGUACAUCAAGAGCAACAAUGUACCAUACAACAAGUUGCUGGACCGUGGAUACAAGAGCGUCGGUGACUGGCACUCGACUGAGCCAGUGAAGGAGGGUGAGGAUGAGAGAGCGGGACGAUGGAAGGGUCAAGCGAAGACAGAGUGCGGUAUCCACAACAAGAGAAGCAAGUAUGCACAGUUCUUGUAUGAGGCUGAGCAGAAGAGACUUCAAGAAGAGCUAGCUGCUAAGCUCGGUGAAGUGGAGUUAAAGCAGGAGCGUAUUGAGAAUAUACUUGCAUGA